AUGGCUACCUCCGACGAGGCUGUAAAGAAGAAGGUGCAAUUCUACUGUAGUAUGAAAUUGCUAACUCUCUACGAAGGAACUGUCCGAGGGAAAGGGGAUGAGGAAUUGAUUAAAGCUUGGGCUAAGACUGUUAGAUUGCACCCCGACUUUAGCGAGACCGAUUUUGGGACUUGGGAAGGUCACUGUGGCAAUCUCUGGGGCCUCCAGUACAAGCUUCAGUAUGAGGAUCUCUCUGUUAACUUUAGUCUCAUCGCUUUCCUACGAACUAUAACCUACGGAAUAAGGGAUGUUGUGGCUGUUAUACCUUUUAGCCUUGACCUCGAAACCUAUGUCCUCCGAGCUAAUGAAUGGGGGAAAGAGACCUUCUCGACCAAGCUCCUAAAAAAAGGCGUUCUGGUUACGAAGAACCGUCCUAUGAUGCAGGGAGGGAUCCCAAUGGAGAGACUAGUCUUCAACGACCUGAAUGACAAGCUGCUCGGCGCCGUUAAGUUAAAGCCCCCGCCCCAGCUAAAGAAGAAGGGGAAAGCCGCUAAGAAGAAGGAGACUGUGGACCAGGACUUGGAUCUGGAGCGCGUCAGAAGCUUCAUUGGAUUAGACUACCAAAAGGUCAACUUCACUAUGGCCGACAACCUCAUCAAGAUGUUUAAGGAGAGAGGAUUUGAGGUUUAG